GGAAGAUUGGGACCGGUGAUACUUUCUGCAAUGAAAGAAGCAGAGUGAAUAACCUCUGCUGGCUCCCGACAUGGCCCUCUCCGUGGACUCUUCUUGGCACAGGUGGAAGUGGCGGGUCAGAGAUGACCAACCUCAGUCUCCAUCUGAAGUCACACCUCUGCUGUCCACAGAGGGAGCAGGGCCAAGCUACAACCUGACACAGCAGCGGGUCAUCUUCCCCCCAAAUGGCAUCUUCCACCAAGAGUGGGAAGAGAUUCGUGGGAGAUAUGCCAGCAACAGGAUCUGCACCACCAAGUACACCCUCCUCACCUUCCUGCCCCAGAACCUCUUUGAACAGUUUCACAGGUGGGCUAACCUCUAUUUCCUAUUCCUGGUGAUCCUGAACUGGGUCCCCUCCAUGGAAGUCUUCCACAAGGAAAUCACCAUGGUGCCCUUGACAGUUGUCCUGUUCAUCAUCAUGGUAAAGGAUGGCAUGGAGGACUUUAGGAGACACUGCUUCGACAGAGAGAUAAACUGUUCCAGCAUCCAGAUAUAUGAAAGGAAAAGGCAGGGCUACGUGCAGAAGUGCUGGCAGGAUGUACGGGUAGGCGACUUUGUCCAGAUGCAGUGCAAUGAGAUCAUCCCAGCAGAUAUUCUCCUCCUCUUCUCCUCCGACCCCAGCGGGAUCUGCCACCUGGAGACUGCCAACUUGGACGGCGAGACAAACCUCAAACAAAGGCAUGUCGUCAAAGGCUUCUCGCCACAGAACGGACAGUUCCAGCCGGAACACUUCUGCAAUACCAUCGUGUGUGAGAAACCCAACAACCACCUCAACAAAUUUAAAGGAUACAUGGAGCAUCCUGACCAGACCAGGACCGGCUUGGGCAGUGAGAGCCUUCUGCUUCGAGGCUGCACCAUCAGAAACACCGAGGUGGCUGUGGGCAUUGUCAUCUAUGCAGGCCAUGAUACAAAAGCCAUGCUGAACAACAGUGGCCCACGAUACAAACGCAGCAAGAUCGAGAGGCAAAUCAACGUGGACAUAUUCUUCUGCAUUGGGCUCCUCUUCCUCAUGUGCCUCACGGGAGCUGUUGGUCACAGCCUCUGGAAUGGGGCCUUUGGUGAACACCCUCCCUUUGAUGUGCCAGACGCCAAUGGCAACUUCCCUCCCCUGGCCCUUGGGGGCUUCUACAUGUUCCUCACGAUGAUCAUCCUCCUCCAGGUAUUAAUCCCCAUCUCCCUGUACGUGUCCAUUGAGCUGGUGAAGCUGGGACAAAUCUUCUUCCUGCACAACGACCUUGACCUGUACGAUGAAGAGAAUGACUCAUCCAUUCAGUGUCGAGCCCUUAAUAUCACCGAAGACUUGGGUCAAGUCCAGUACAUCUUCUCAGAUAAAACAGGCACGUUGACCGAGAACAAGAUGGUGUUUCGGUGUUGUACCAUCAUGGGCAGAGAGUAUUCACACCAAGAAAAUGCCAAGCGCCUAGAGACCCCCAUGGACCCGGAGACAAACAGUGAAGAGUGGACCCAGUACCAGAGCCUGUCCUUCCCAGCCAGAUGUGCCCAGGGCCCAAUGACAAUGAGAGGCCAGAGGGCAGCCCAGCCUCUGAGACGGUGCCAGAGUGCCCGGGUGCCCAUCCAGGGCCACUGCCGGCAAAGGUCUGAGGGGCACGGGGAAAUCACAGCACCUCCUCUGGCCUUCAACAGCUCCAUAGAAAAAGAUGUGACUCCAGACAGAAACCUACUGAGCAAGGUGCAAGAUGCUGCCUUGUGGCUGGAAACCCUGUCAGAUUCUAGACCUGCCAAGACUCACCUCUCUAUCGCUGCCACUAUUGCUGACUUCUUCCUUGCCCUGACCAUCUGCAACUCUGUCAUGGUCUCCACCACCACUGAGCCUCGGCAGAGGGUCACAGUCCCCUCCUCAACCAAGACUAUGGGAAAGUCCCUGGAGAAGAUCCAGCAGCUCUUCCAAAAGUUGAAGCUUUCAAGCCUCAACCAGUCAUUCUCAUCUGCUUCUGCUACACCUUCUGCCUCUGAUGCUGACCUGGGGGACAGUCUGGGAGCCAGCGUGGAGGAGAGAGGUGACACGUCUGCCUGCAGCGGAGGCUACUCCUCAGAUGGCAGCUAUCAGAGCAGCAACUGGGCCCAGAGCGACACCCAGGGUUUGGAGUCAAGUGUGACCUGGGAUGAGCUUCCAGACCUCUGCUAUGAGGCCGAGAGCCCCGACGAGGCGGCCCUGGUGCACGCCGCCCGUGCCUACAGCUUCACACUGACGUCCCGGACGCCCAAGCAGGUGACCGUGCGCUUGCCCCAGGGCGCCUGCCUCACCUUCGAGGUCCUCUACACCCUGGGUUUCGACUCUGUCCGGAAGAGAAUGUCAGUGGUGGUGAGGCAUCCGCUGACGGGAGAGAUCCUCGUCUACACCAAGGGUGCUGAUUCGGUUAUCAUGGACCUGCUGGAAGACCCAGCCCGUGCCAUUGACAUUGAUAUGGAAAAGAAGGUGAGGAAAAUCCGAGCCCAGACCCAGAAGCAUCUCAACUUUUACGCAAGAGAAGGUCUUCGCACGCUGUGCAUUGCCAAGAAGGUGCUAAGUGAAGAGGACUUCCAGCGAUGGGCCAGCUUCCGGAGUGAAGCCGAGGCGUCCCUCGACAACCGAGAUGAGCUUCUACUGGAGACAGCACAGCAUCUGGAGAACCAGCUCACCUUACUCGGAGCCACUGGAAUCGAAGACCGGCUACAGGAAGGCGUCCCAGACACCAUUGCUGCUCUGCGGGAGGCUGGAAUCCAGCUCUGGGUCUUGACCGGGGAUAAGCAGGAGACCGCGGUCAAUAUUGCCCAUUCCUGCAGACUCUUAUAUCAGACUGACACAGUUUACUCCAUUAACACAGAAAACCAGGAAACCUGUGAAUCCAUCCUCAAUUGUGCGUUGGAAGAGGUGAAGCAGUUUUAUGGACCACGGAAGCCAGCCCGCCAGUUCCUUGGGUUUCGCCUGCUUCCCAAGAUAACGCCGCCCCCUGCUUCUGGAGCUGCAGUUCCAGAAAUCGGCCUGGUCAUCGAUGGGAAGACAUUGAAUGUCGUUUUCCAGGGACAACUGGAGAGGAAGUUUCUAGAGCUAACUCAGUUCUGCCGGUCUGUCCUGUGCUGCCGCUGCACCCCGCUCCAGAAAAGCAUGAUUGUCAAGCUGGUGCGAGACAAGCUGGGCGUCCUGUCCCUUGCCAUAGGUGAUGGAGCAAAUGAUGUGAGCAUGAUUCAGGCUGCCGACAUUGGGAUUGGAAUAUCCGGACAAGAAGGGAUGCAGGCCGUCAUGUCCAGUGAUUUUGCCAUCUCCCGCUUCCGACACCUCAAGAAGCUGCUGCUUGUGCAUGGCCACUGGUGUUACUCACGCCUGGCCAGGAUGGUGGUGUACUACCUGUACAAGAAUGUGUGCUACGUCAACCUGCUCUUCUGGUACCAGUUCUUCUGUGGGUUCUCUGGCUCCACCAUGAUCGACUACUGGCAGAUGCUCUUCUUCAAUAUCUUCUUCACCUCCUUGCCUCCACUUCUCUUUGGGAUCCUUGAUAAGGACGUGUCUGCAGAAACGCUGCUGGCGGUGCCGGCGCUGUACAAGAGUGGCCAGAACUCCGAGUGCUACAACCUGGUUACUUUCUGGAUUUCCAUGGCAGAUGCCUUCUACCAGAGCCUCGUCUGUUUCUUCAUCCCUUACCUGACCUACAAGGAUUCUGACAUCGACGUUUUCACCUUCGGAACACCCAUCAACACCAUCUCCCUCGCCACAAUCCUCCUGCACCAGGCCAUGGAAAUGAAGACCUGGACCAUUAUUCAUGGGCUUGUUCUCGUGGGCAGCUUCCUGAUGUACUUUGCGGUGUCCCUCCUGUACCACGCCACCUGCGUCGUCUGCAACAGCCCCGCCAACCCCUACUGGGUGAUGGAAGGCCAGCUCUCAGACCCGACCUUCUACCUCGUCUGCUUCCUCACGCCGGUGGCCGCCCUCCUCCCAAGGUACUUUUUCCUGUCUCUACAAGGGACCUACGGGAAGUCGCUGAUCUCAAAAGCUCAGAAAAUUGACAAACUCUCCUUGGAUAAGAGAAACCUGGAAAUCCAGAGCUGGAAGAGUAAGCAGAGACCUGACUCCAUUCCUGAAGAGGUUCAGCCCACCCACCAGCGAGUGCCACCUGUCCCAGGUCUGGACUUCAAAGCCAGCACCCCAAAGAGCUCUAGCUCUCCCAUGUGGAAAUGCAAGGAACACAGGGCACUAUGUGGAGAGAGAAGCAGCAGAGACCACGCGAGGGAUGCCCAAGACUCGGGGGACUCCUCAGCCAAACCCCCCUCUGGGGAGUGCCUUCUGGGGCCCACGGAAAUGAUGGCUUCCACAGCCAACUCACGUGGACAGGCCAACGAGAGCCAGCCCUCAGGCAGGGGCAGCCACCGCAGGUCCCAGAGUUCACUGACCAUAUAAGGGCAGCAGACUUGUAUACAAACUCAGAGGGAGCCACCCAGCCACUGGCCUCAUGGACUCAAUUCUUUUCACAGAGGAGACUUGACUUCCUCAGAGGAAGCCCUGGCCCUCAGGGGUUGAGACAAACAGGAACUGGAAAUCCCUCAACAUGUGCUUUUGCUGGCUGCCAGAAAGCACAUACUGCAAACAGCAGUUCAGAAGGAGGCUCUCUUCAAAGUUUUCAGCCUCAAGACCACCUUCUCACUUUCUAGAUGAGAACAGCCUAGGACCCAAGACAACUGGGCCUUAAGUUUCCAAGAAAUGAGUUGAUCCAUCUGGUAUCUUGAGAUAUGGAAAGUUCUAAGCUAUUCAGACCACUGCCUCACCCCUCAAGGCCAAGAGCUAAAGACCCUCCCCCCCACACACACCUAAGUGCUCCAUCUGAACUCUAUCACAGCACUGGCCAUGUUGGGGUGACAUCUCUUCCACUCACAGUUGAGUCUUCUUGCUGUUUCUAAGCCAAAGAAGAAUCGCAUCUGAAGAUUUUUCAACUAAACUUGAACUUGGAGACACACACAUGGAGAGAACAGAGCAUACUAAAGGGAACUGGUAGACUGGAAACCCUCUGCUUUAGUUAAUUGACUGCU